AUGAUGGACAUAGGAACUGUGUUUGUCCAUGCUGUUGCAAAUUUAUAUUCAACAUUUACACCACAGGCACAACUUAUUCUCCAGGACGAUCCUUCGUCAGAGCUAAGUGUGGAUUCAGGAAGCAGACCUGGCUUGGAACUAGAGACGCCAGCUGGCAAUGAAAUAUUACUGAGGCUAGGAAGCCUUCAAUAUGGCCAGUCACGGGAUAUUAUUAUCCAUCACAGUAAAGUAUUGAAUAAUCGCGCAGUCACUAUACGAGGCAAACUUGUUUAUGCCGUUGGUGGUGAGACAAAGGAGAUCCAGGUGCAUAAGGUGAUCAACAUCGACGAAGUCUCAGUACCUCGGGCUGUGAGCGACUACCAUUAUAUGCGCUCAAGGCUUUGUACACUUCUAAGGAUUUUCCAUCCACUUGAGGAUACAGCAGAGAACUUCCGAUUCCCUUUGACUGGCAUCGAAGACAUGCGAAAGAAACUAGAAAGGCUGGCUACUGAAAUCAAAGGUCUCGAUCACUCUGAUGAUUACAACCGGAGCCUUAUUGAAGAUAUCGCUGGUGAAUUACCGCAUGGACAAAUAGGCAUGGCGUUGUCAUCCGCGGAAUUCUACCACCGUUGGGGUGAGCACUACCUCCUCUCAAUCCUCAAUGCACAUGUAAACCAAAUGUGCAAUAGCUUCAAAGAUCCAGGCCCAUUGAUGUACGGCAAGGCUUCUCCUCUGUUCUGUAAUUGUCGGACCGAGCUAGAUGGAGUGUUUGACAACUUACCACCUCCUAAGCCAUUACGACCGUCAUCCUCAGGAGCACCUUACCGUCCAGUACGUAUGUCUCAAUACAACCGAUCCAGCGGACCUUGCUUUACAGGAGACUGCCAUAUCCGAAUCUCCAGCAAGGAAAGUGAGGUUAUCAAUGCUACCAUUUCUCUUGAGAAUCUUCGUCCCGGCAUGUCAGUAUGGACUCCACACGGACCGCGGGAAGUCAGGGCUGUCCUUCAGACUAGCGUGAACCACAUCGACAUCUGCAGAAUCGGCACACUCCAGAUCACGCCAUGGCAUCCAAUGCGAAUUCAAAAUGCAUGGGAGUUCCCUUUUAAUAUAACCAAAGAACAUCUUCAAUCCUUUUCCGGAGACAUCUAUUCAGUGUUGCUUGAGCCUGAUUCUAACCCUGAGGCACAUGCCAUUAUGGUAGAGGACCACAUUUGUGUCACUUUGGGUCAUGGAAUCUUGACUGGAGAAGAUAUACGCGCCCAUGAGCUAUUUGGUGACUACCAGCGGGUUUCAAGGAAGCUGGAAUUGCUUCCAAAACUUCCUAAUGGGCUGCUACAUAGCAUCGGAGUCGAGCGGUCGCCUGAGUCAGGUCGCAUAUGCGGAUUCAUCGGACGGGGCCGCUUUCUCAAAGCCCUUGAUGUACCCUGCAAAAUUGAGGGAGAUCGCCAAUGUGGUGGAAGCUAUGUUAAGGUUACUGUUUAG